AUGGGUGGUGGUCAGGAUCCUAAUCCCUUCGACGAGGGAAGAAAUGCGGGAAAUCAGCAUCAGAAUUAUAAUGCAAGCUCAAAACUAUCACCGCUUUCACAUGAACGUGUUGAAUAUGAACACGGUACAUCCGUGAAUAUGCCUUUUGAUACUACUAGUCCAAUGGAUUUAAAAGCCAAGGAAAAAGAGCUCCAAGCUAAAGAGGCUGAACUUAAAAGGAGAGAAGAGGAAUUAAAGAAAAGAGAAGAGGCAAUUGCACGAUCUGGAAUUGUUAUAGAACCAAAGAAUUGGCCACCCUUUUACCCAUUAAUCCAUCAUGACAUUGCAAACGAAAUUCCUAUCCAUCUACAGAAAAUGCAAUAUGUUGCAUUUGGGUCGUGGUUAGGUCUUAUAUUGUGCCUUUCAUGGAAUCUUGUAGUCGUGACGGUUGGCUGGUUUCAAGGGGAAGGCGUCUCAAUAUGGUUACUUGCUGUUAUCUACAUCAUAACAGGAGUUCCUGGAUCAUACCUUUUGUGGUAUCGACCUUUGUAUAGAGCCAUGAGGACAGAUAGCGCUAUAAAGUUUAGUUUCUUUUUCAUGACGUACAUUUGUCACAUCCUCUUCUGCACUUUUGCCACCCUUGCUCCACCUAUAUUCAUCGAAGGGAAAUCUCUGACAGGAAUUAUGCCUGCAAUUGAUUAUCUAACCUGGAAUGCUACACUUGGGGGCUUAUACUUCAUUGGAUUUGGACUUUUCGCGGUCGAAACAGCCAUUAGUGUCUGGGUCAUUCAGCAAGUUUACUUGUACUUCCGUGGUAGUGGCAAAGCUGCAGAGAUGAAACGUGACGCUACGAGGAGAACUAUGAUGGCAGCAUUAUAACAUGGAUGUACAUCUACCUAAGUGAUCAAUUAAAAACGACAAUGGUUUGGGAACACUCUUUGAAGACCCCAUUUAACAGGAGUUCAAAUAGAUGUUACUUAAUUUUGUGUUCAAGAGGUAUUCUGGCAUUUGGUCCAACUAUAGGCACAAGGAACUCUUAUUGUAUGUCAUUUUUUAGGUUUUAAACUCUUGCAAUCUGGAUUUUAACAUUAGUUGUGCUUUAGCACAUUUUUAUCUA